AAGGUUGACGUAGCUGUCGAAUGUUUGUGGACAAAGUGUAAAAAGAAAGCGAGAGUAGUAAAAGAUCGUAUUUUUCGAGUUGCUCUUGGAGGCAUCACCAGCCUCCUGAAUCCUGGGUGUGUGCAGGCAGCAGAGCCCGUAGACAGGGGGAGAAAACACCAGCAACAUCGCAACGUGAGUCCAGCUGUGCCUGUCAUCUGUCACUUUGUCGGGAAACUUCUUCCAUUGCACAAUCGGGCGGGCUAAGAAUGGCGAACUGCCCGAGCUAGUUCCUGAAGAGGACCUCCAUUCAGGGGUGGACUGCCAAAAACUGCCAGGUUGAUCCCUCGCCCAGUCAGUCUGUCACAUCCUUGACGUCCGGGGGAUCCAGGACCUCUGUGGAGAUGCAGACCUUCCUAAAAGGCCGCAGAGUCGGCUACUGGCUCAGCGAGAAGAAGAUGAAGAAGCUGAAUUUCCAUGCUUUUGCAGAUUUGUGCAGGAAAAGAGGAAUCGAGGUUGUUCAGCUGGACCUCAGCCAGCCUCUGGAGGAUCAGGGUCCCCUGGACGUCAUCAUCCACAAACUGACGGACCUCAUUCUGGAGGCGGACCAGAAUGAUUCCCAGGCUGUGCUGCUGGUGCAAAGAGUGCAGGACUACAUCGAUGCACAUCCUGAGACCAUAGUCCUUGAUCCCCUUCCAGCUAUCAGGACUCUGCUGGACCGUUGCAAGUCUUACCAGCUAAUCCACAGGAUAGAAAGCUGUAUGCAAGAUGAGAGGAUUUGCUCUCCUCCGUUCAUGGUACUCAACACAGAGUGCAGCCCGGACGUACUGGAGCAGAUCAGGAAACACGGACUCACAUUCCCCUUCAUUUGCAAAACACGAGUGGCUCACGGAACCAACUCUCAUGAGAUGGCCAUUAUCUUCAACGAGGACGACCUCAAGGAUGUGAAGGCGCCCUGUGUGAUCCAGAGCUUCAUCAACCACAACGCAGUGCUCUACAAGGUGUUUGUGGUGGGCGACUCCUACACGGUGGUGGAGAGGCCCUCCCUCAAGAACUUCCCUGCUGGACCUGCAGACAGGAAAGCCAUUUUCUUCAACAGCCACAAUGUUUCCAAGCCGGAGUCGUCCUCUGACCUGACCUCGAGGGACAACGUGGAGGGCGUGUCUCAGCCUCCCAGCGAUGACGUCAUCCGAGAACUGUCCCGGUCCUUGCGGCAGGCGCUGGGCGUGUCCUUGUUUGGCAUCGACGUCAUCAUUAAUAACCAAAGCGGCCAACAUGCUGUCAUUGACGUCAACGCCUUCCCUGGUUACGAAGGCGUCCCUGAGUUCUUCAACGACCUGCUCAACCACAUCAGCAGUGUCCUCCAGAGCCACAGCCCCCCCGACUUGAGCGCCCCAGGCCCCGCCUCCACCACGCCAGCCCCUGCUUGCUGCUGCUGCGGCGCCAACCCGUGGAUCGUGGAGGGCAACGCCGCAGGACUGAAGGGCCCGCGUCAGAGACUGGGCUGCAACUCGCCCAACUUCCAGCAGCACUGCGUGUCCACGAUAGCCACCAAGGCUUCCUCCCAGUGACGUUACCACGGUGACAAAAACAAUAACAAUGAAUUAUAAUCAUAAUAAUUAUGAUGUUAUUGAUAUUAUAAUCUAAUCACAACCUUUUCCUUUGUAGUUUUUGCAAAUGAUGGUGAUUGGGUGUCAAGCUUUCUUUUCUCUCUGGGCUUUGAUUUUGUAUUUUUGCUUGUGUCUAACGAGACUUUAUUAGUACUGUAAUGUGAAGCUGGCAAGUGUUUGCUACAGCCCAGCUUCUCGCUGGCAGCAAACACAUUCCUACAGGGAGCUGUUUGUCAGACAUGCCACUUGAUGUGCAAUGUAUGAUCCCUUUGUUUGUCUGUGUGUGUGUGCGCGAAUGACUCCCCUGCACAAAGGCCCUACUCUCCAAUGUGAUUAAGUGGGGAAAAAAUGUUUCCUUGAUUUAAGUCUUUUUGAUCCUUAGCACUUGUGAGGCUGCAAUAAGUCCAGCGCCCCUGGAAGGUGAAACAUAUUGCACUUGAAGUUUGGAUGCAGUGUACACCACACAUAAUAAAGCGAUAAAAGAAACUCUCAAA